CCAAGAUAAUAGCUACUCAAUGGCGGCGGCAUUAUUUCCAAGCAAUAUUGUUUUCAUUUUCAAUUUACCAUUCAAUUUUCUUCAGUUUCAUUGUGCGGACGUUUAUUAUUAAACAUUUUUUUUUCGAAAAAGAAGCGAAAAAAACAUAUAAUUAGAAACUUGAAAUAGAUCAGACAAUUGAGAGUAGUUUUGUGACGCGAAAAUCUAUGUUUACGUGUAGAGUUAUUUCAUAGAUAUGAAUAGAGCCAAGAAAAUUUACAAUUUUUGAAUGUUUUGUAAUUGGCUUUAUUAAAUAGUAGAAAAAUGAGUGCAGUUACUGAAAUUCAGGUGAAGAGUGACUUAUUUAAAGAUGUAAAAUAUUAUGUGACCGGAUCUAUUGAGCCAGAGAUUGAAAAACUUUUGGAAAAUGGAGGUGCAUCAUCGACAAAGAUUAUGUUUACCAACAUAACACAUUUACUUUGUGGUAACGAUUUCGAUGAGAAAGAUAUUGGCGAAGCAACCGAUAUUUAUGACAUUCCCAGUGUGACCGAUGAAUGGGUGAAAGCGUGUGCUCGGCUUGGUCGAUUGGUGUGUCCAAAAAUUUACCAUCCACUUCCAAGUGGUUUGUUUACAUCGAUUGUUGCAGCUAUUACCGAAUUACAGCCAAAUGAUCGGAAGAUAAUUUAUGCACUGAUUACAUUUCAUGGUGGAUGCGUUGAACGGAAUUUCACAUCGAAAACAACACACUUAAUUUGUGGAUCGGCUACGGGAAACAUUUAUACCAAAGCAAUUGAAUUAAAAUCGGACAAAUUUAAAUUAGUCACUCCAGACUGGUUUUACGAAUGUCUCAAAGCACAAGAAUUGCUCGAUUCAAAGCCUUAUCACCCUCGUCUAUUAAAUCCAUCUAACACCAAUUCCAUUCGCGAUAAUCGCAGUUUGUCAGACAUUAUUGGAACAAAUACGGAGACCAAGACUGCAACUAGAAAAACUGAGAUCGUUAAAUCUGCUAGUGAAACAGUUACAAAACAAAUUUCUCAACAAAUGACAAAGAAUAUUGUAAAUACGUCGAUAAACGUAGUCAAUUCAAUACCUACGGCCAAAACAUCAAUAUCUCCAACGGCAGUCGAGGACGCCAAACCUAAACCAUCCGAGUCUGUUCAGUCGAAGUUAAUCGGCAAUACGCAUCCUUUACAACGGAAUACAAGCGUGAAUCAAACGUUAUCCAAUCAAAUGGAACAACACGUUAAGGAUCAUACGAAAGAACAAUCACAACAAAUUCUACCACAAGUUAGCAAAACACUCACAAUGACGACACAAGUUCAUUCACAGUUACUUCAGAAACAACUUGAACAACCGCUUAAAAUGGACAAUGCGAAUAUUGUUAUGCAAAAUCAACCACAAAUUCAACAAAUACAAGCGGCACAACCUCAAAAACUCCUUCAAAAUCAACAGCAGCAACCAAUUAUGCAGCAAAUGUUGGGCCAAGUAAAAAUCGACCAGUCUAAUCAGAUGAUGGGACAGAAGCAAGCUAUGAACUCGAUGACCAUUCAAGGACAACAAAAUAUGCAGGGACAUGUGCAGAAUCUUAUUUCACAUCCACAAAAUCAAAUUCAAAUUCAACCAAUCCAACAACAACAAUCGCAACAGCAGCAACAACAUCCACAACCACAGCCACAUCAGCAGUCCAAUCAAAUGCAACAGAUCGUGGAUCAAAGUGGUCAAAUGCAGUUCAUAAAUUCAGCACCACCUGGAACACCAACGAACUUUAAUUCAGUUCAACAAAAUCAGCAACAAAUGAAGAUCAUUCAACAACAGCAACAAAUACAGCAACCAACACAGCAGUUCAUUGUGCAAUCGCCAGGUCCAAAUAAAUCAACCAUUUUAAAUCAAAAUGUUGUAUUUAUAAAUCAAUCGGGACAACAGCAAAUAAUUGCAUCAAAUCAGCAACAGGGAAAUAAUGUCGCGUUGAUUCAACAACAACAGCAGCAGAGAAAUAUAAAUACAUCACAGCAACCAAUGCAAAUUCAAGGCCAACAAAUUGUCAUUCAUUCAUCUGUUCAACAGACGUCACAAAACCAGCUACUACAAUCGCCGCAACAACAAACGCAGUUUAUUGUACAAACCUCUCCGAGUCAGGGAACGCCAAUGUUGAAUCAAUCUCCAAGUCAACGUAUGCCAAAAGUACCUGGCAGCACACCAGGCAAUUGGUUUUUGCAACAGCAGCAGCAACAGCAACAACAACCACAACAGCAAUCACAAGUACAACAACAACAACAAGGAAUGGUGCAAAGUUCAGAUGUAACACAGACGGUAUCACUACAGCAAAAAUUGAUUCAACAGACACCGGGACCGAAUCAACAGAUUGCAUUCGCAAAUAUGCAAAAUACUGAGCAACCAGAAGGCGUGAUGACUCAGCAGCACAAUCAGACAAUUAUGAUCACUGGUAGUCAGGCACAGCCGCAGCAAACAUCUCAAACUCCGCCUCUUCAACAAGGAAUGAUACAAAACCAAACACAAAUGCAAAAGAUGCAUGUUCAAAACCAGCAAAUCGUCGUCACACCAAAUCAGUCGCCUCAACAUGUAAAUAUGCAAAUGCAAACGUUAUCGCCACAACAGCCAAAGCCAUCACAACAAACUGCUUUACCAGGACAAACGCAAUUCAUUCGAGCAGCUCGACCACAAUGGACUGGGAAUCAACAAGGUCCACAGCGUCAACUAAUUCACUUGGAUGCUCAGACACAUGCUCACCUACAAACUCUCGAUCCAAUUCAAAGAGCAGAAUAUUUAUCCAAAUUACAAAAGCGAAAUCUUCUAUUUCGUCAACAGCAACAAGGAUUCAUACAACAAGGCAAUGCGGUUGGUGGUCAACAACGUCCGCCAAAUCGCCCACAAAUUCCCGGAGCACCGAUACAAUGGAUGCAACAGCAGCAACAACUACAACAACGGCCAAUGUUAGUACGAAGUGCAGCGCCUGGCUUAAGCCCAAUUUCGCAACAAACCAUCGUAAGUCCGGGUGGUCCUGUUCCGCAACAACAGUUUCAAGAUCCAAAUACUCCACCGCAGUUUCGGCGAAUACAAAUACAGCAAGGCGCUGGACAAAAGCCGAUGGCACAAGGAAAUAUAAUUCAGGUUCAAAAACAAUUCACCGAUAAUUCUGACCAACAACAGCCAACCCAAGGAGUGGCACCACAACAGGCUAUUGGUGACGGAACAACAACAACACAGGUUCAAAUGAACAAAACCAAGACAGCUUUGGCACAUAUGCUAAACAGUCGGUUAAGUAAUAGUGGAAACAACGGUACAAAUAUGCCCAUGCAAGCAGCUGAUGUUCAACCAAUUGUUGAGCCAUCAGCAGCAGGAACACUGCGUAUGAUGACGGCACAGCAUAAUUCACCUGCUCAGCAAGUUCAGCAACAACAACAACAACAACAACAACAACAACAACAACAACAACAACCACCAACACCACAGCAAUUCCAGGUGGAUCCAAAUACAACACCGCAAUUUCAGCGAAUUCAAAUUCAACAAGCACCUGGACAAAAGCCAAUGCCUCAACCCAACAUGGUUGUUACAGCUCAAAAACCAUUUUCGGAAAAUGUCGAUCAGCAACAGCCUACAGUGCCAAUUAUACAACAAUCAUCACCAGUGGAUGGAACAUCUCUGCAAAUUCAACUGAACAAAGCAAAAUCAGCUCUACUACAAUCACCAUCUGGAUUGAAAUCUCCACCAUUUAGUCCCAGUCGCCCAUUGCCACGACCACAAUUCUACGGACAUAAUCCAAACUUGAAACUUCCACCAAAAUUGUUUUUACUCGGCUGUAUUUUCUACAUUGUAGAAUACGAUGAAUCAAAUCCAACUGAUGUAUUUAAUUGGAAAAAAUUGAUUCAACAACAUGGCGGUGAAGUUGAAACCGUUUACUGUCCACGAGUUACUCAUGUUUUAUGUCGUACACAACGUCAUGGUGUCGUAAUGCAAGCCAUUCGAGAUUCAAAGCGUUGUGUAACUGCAUAUUGGUUGAAUGAUACGAUUACACGAAAACAGGUACAACCACCAUUGGAAGCACUUCAUUUGCCAAUGCCCAGCACAUUUGGCACACAACGACCAGCCGCAAAACAUAUAAUUUCCGUAACUGGAUUUGAAGGUGAAGAACGUUCCAGAGUCAAACAAAUGGUUGAAGAGUCUGGAGCAAUGCUAACGCCGUAUUUUACACGACACAACUCGGUGUUGAUUUGUAAGAAACUUGAGGGAAACAAAUUUAAACGGGCAAAAGAAUGGAAUACACCGGUUGUAAAUUGUGUUUGGUUAAGCGACAUAUUACAAGGAAAUCUAAGCAAUAUGUCACAGUACGAACAGCAAAAAUAUCAACAAUAUAAUCUCAGUGAACCACUUCGAAUCGAUUACACUUUGGUUGCCCAUUUGAUGAAUGCAUGGAAAUCUCCAAUCAACCUAACACAAGACUCCUACGAACGAGUUAAACGACUCAUGGACGAGCCGAUAUCAAAUGAACCAAAAGCAAAGAGAAUUCGAAAAUAUGAACCAUUGGAAGUACUACCCGAUGAAAUUGUGUGCAAUGAAAAACCUGAACAAGUGCCUAGAAUACUAUUUUCACAAGUUGACAAUUUAGAGGGGUUGAAAAAAGCAGUAACAUCACUUGGUGGUGAAGUAGUAACGGAUCCGGAAACCGCAACACAUCUUGUUUUAACACAUUUGGCGCGAACAUAUAAACUGUUAUUCGCCCUUUGUUCCGUUGACCACAUUGUAAGCAGCAAAUGGAUUGUGGACAGCGCAAAAGCAGGAAAAUUCCUUCGUCCUGACGAAUACACAUUGAACGAUGACAAAUUUCAAAAAUUCUUUGAUUGCGAUAUUCAGAAGGUGAUUAAAUCGCCCACACGAAAAACUUUGUUUUCUGGUAAAACAUUUUUUGUGACACCGCGCGUUCGGCCUACGCAACCAAACAUUGUUAAAUUGAUUGAAUUUUGUGGGGGAAAAGUGGAAGCGAAGCGUCGAUCUGCGGCACAGAUAUCCCAAGCAAAUAGCCACCAACCAGACAGUUAUUGCAUAUUAACAUGCACUGAAGACCUUCAUUUGGUUCAUGAUCUGUUGAAAGUUGGCAAAUCAAAUCGUUUUAUUUGCUCUACAGAACUCGCACUUACAGCAAUAAUGCACCAAAAAAUCGACUAUGAUCCUCAUAUUAUCACAUACGAUCGACCAAAUCGAUUUUGAUACACUUUUGAAAAAAAUAUAUAUAUAUAAUCUAUGAGUCUAUAGUGACAUCACACUCUUCGUUUUAUCUGUUCAAUUUUUCCGUUAACUCUUUUUAUAUAGGCAAAUACAUUUAUUUGAAUAUCUUUUGAAAAAAGAAUCAUCAAAGAAUAUUUAAAAAGAAAUAAUCAAAGAUUUAAUUUACAAAACAUAUUUUUCGAAAUGAAAUACGAUGAAAAUGAAUAACAUAUUUAAGCAAAAAAAUAUUUUUAUAGGAUACUUACUUAUGUUCUCGCCGAUGAUGUAAAUACAAUCGUUUGUUGGUACUUCGCUAAAAGCGUUUGAUUCUUUGAUUUGAUAUCACACUCAAAAAUAAAUGAUUUAUUCAGUUUUGUAAAAUUUCAUAGUUACGAAUGUUAUUCGGUAUAGAAUUGGCAAAAUAAUUUUUUGUAUAACGAGUACAAUUAUUGGAAAAUAAAGCUCAAUUCUAUUGCAAUUUUA